CUCACGUGUUUCCAUGGAAGGUUAUUCAGACCGCAUUGUACAAACAUACAGACACAGAGGACACACAAGACACACAAGACACACAAGACACGCAGGACACAGAGGACACACAAGACACACAAGACACACAAGACACGCAGGACACAGAGGACACACAAGACACACAAGACACGCAGGACACACAAGACACGCAGGACACACAAGACACACAAGACACACAAGACACACAAGACACGCAGGACACACAAGACACACAGGACACGCAGGACACAGAGGACACACAAGACACACAAGACACGCAGGACACACAAGACACACAGGACACGCAGGACACAGAGGACACACAAGACACACAAGACACACAAGACACGCAGGACACACAAGACACACAGGACACGCAGGACACAGAGGACACACAAGACACACAAGACACACAAGACACACAAGACACUCAGGACACAGAGGACACUCACAGGACAUAUAGGACACUCACCGCCU